AUGUUAGGAUGGAUCAUACCUGCACCCUUAGCGAGACCAGCGAUGCGGUAUGUGUUAGAUCCAAUGGAGAAUUCCUUGGAUGUGAGUUUGGGAAACGUAUCAGUAGUACAAAUGCCUCGAGCACAAGUGACCCACGCAUUGUGGUCUGUACCAAGAUUCGAUUCAAUGAGCGAUGGAAUGCCGUUUAGGAUCUUGUCAAUAGGCAAUCUCUGGCCAAUCACUCCUGUAGACAUGACCAAUGAAGCCGGUCCUGAUGUGACUCCAACUACUCUGUCGGUAGUAGAAACCAUGGCCUCCGCGUCUUUUAAACCGCCUUCUCCAGUAACAGCAUUGGCACAGCCACUAUUAACGAUAAUCGACCGGAUUCCUGUGCCUUUGGUGCUUGAUAGGACUUUCUUAGAGACCUGA